GAUUCGGUUUUGCGCCCUUAGAACGGAACUUGCUUUGGGAACCAUUUCAGCGUCUUAUCAGUUGUUUAAUUAUAUUUUUCAUUUUGGAGCUGAUAAUGAGUCUCACACAGACCUUUAAACGUCUCUUACAUAUUUCUUGUCGUCUCAGCGCUGGCGGCAACAACAAACUUCAUUAUCCCUCGGCUGAUAGGAACUCCCAGCCCAUUGCGGAGGCGCUGCUCGCUCAAAUUGAUAGACAGUCGCCAAAUUUGAAACUAUUGGAAAUUGCAUCAGGAUCGGGUCAACACACUGGCUACUUGGCUGCCCUUUUGCCCAACAUUAGCUUUCAGCCCACGGAGUACGAUAAAGGUCUGUUUUCUUCAAUUACCGCCUAUGUUCAGGAUUGCGUUACGGGUAAUAUUAAUCCACCCAUUCACGUGGACAUUUCUCAAGAUGUAAAGCAAUGGAAGGUUCAAUUUCCAACCAGUUCAUACGAUUACAUGUUUAACUCGAAUAUGAUGCACAUAAGUCCUUGGACCUGCUCCAUAGGGUUAUUUAGAGCUGCAGGAGAAUUGCUUAAGUCUGGAGGAAAGUUAUUUACCUAUGGACCAUAUGCUCAAGAUGGUGACUUAACUCCACAAAGCAAUGUCGACUUUGAUCAAGGCCUUAAAAGACGUGAUCCCACUUGGGGCGUUAGAGACAUUAGAGAUCUAAAACAAUUAGCCGAUGCAAAUGGCUUAAAAUUGGAAAAAUUGGUAGAUAUGCCGUCGAAUAAUAAGUUUUUAACUUGGCUCAAAUUGUAAAAACGAUGAUAAACAAUCAUUAUUAUUUUUAACACUUCGAAUAUUGUAAAAUGUGUUAGCUUAAGAUUGAGAUAACUUUACAUGUUUGUUCCCUCUACCAACUUAAUUAACUUCAAUGAAUAUUUUGGUAGAACUUACUUCUAAUACCUUCUGAUUCUUUUUACUCAUAUUCAAUACGAAUUGAAAAAACUAUGCCAUAUUAGGGCAUAUUUGAUCUUAUAGAUCGUUUCUCCUUAUAGUUAAUUCGUUAACUCAGCGAAUCAACAUCAAUUAUGUUUUUUUAAUUUCCAAAAGACUUGAGUUUAUAAUUUUCGUUUUCACUAGCCACAUAAUAUCUUGCAUAUCGUGUUCUUCUAUCGACAUCUUAAUGCCAUUGAGCUUUUGACCAAUACAUAAUCUCCUUCUGCUUCACUGUU